AAGCUUUUUGUUAAAAUUAUUUAGCCAGUACAUAAACAUUAUUAUUUUCUAUUUAAAGCGCAUUCAGAAUCUCUUACUGUUUUUGCAUGCAAUAUGCGUGUGGUUUCGCGAAAUUAAGAAGGGUGCGUUUCGAGCGGAAAGAUGGCGGUUCACCAAGGAGUUGUGAGAAGUUCUGAACAAUAGUAGGUUAUGGCCAAUAAAAAAAUUGAAAUAAAAAAAGUAGUGCUAACAUUUUAGUGUAUAAUUAAGAGACGAUCAAAGCUCCAUAGCUCCAGGAACACUAAAUCGUCAAUUUUUGUGUUUCUUGUCUUUUGCGAAAGCUUAUCUAAUGUCCCAACAAGCGGCAACAGAAACUGAGGAAGCUAGUACCAGUCGCGAAGAUCUUAUUAACGAUGUGAAAAAGCUCCUAUGGGGUAGCAACACCAAAGAAGACGUUUUUCGACAAUGGGCACAGGGUUUUUACUUCAGUCCGGAUGAAAAAUCUGCUCUUGUACAAGAUGAAGGUGGACCCUGUGCGGUAAUUGCUCCUCUUCAGGCUUUUAUUCUGAAGCAAUUACUUUCGGAAACGGAUAUAACCAGCUGGGCUGGUAUCAAGCCCGAAAAAUGUAACGAACUAUUGGUCAAGGCCAUGACUGAAAUUAUUGCCCAGGCUGCAGAUCCAGUUGAUGCCAAGUAUUCUAUUGUAUUAGUUGAUAAAUCUAUGUCUACCAGUAAUGGUGAAGUGCCUGACAGUCAAAAUCAAAUGAGUUCUGAUGAACAAGUGCAAGGAAACGUUUCUCAAUCUGGAUCAUUGUCCAUUGAAUCAAAUAAUUUUCAUUCUCGUUUAAGGAUUCAUACUUUGGAAAAUAUUGAGCAAGUUGAGCAAUUUUUCACAGUUCAUAUCAAUACUUUUAAAGAACAAUUUGGAGUAUUGUUGCUUUUGUAUUCAGUUAUUUGUACCAAAGGAAUAUCUCAAAUAAAAUUGGAAAUAUCAGAUUUAACUGAUCCACUAAUCCACUCUACCUUUGGCUAUGGCUGUCAAAGUUUAAUUAAUUUGAUGUUAAGUGGUAGAGCAGUUAGUAACGUUUGGGAUCAUGAUCAAGAUGUUGGUGGACUCAAAUUGAAAGGCAUUGAUAAACAGAAUACUGUUGGCUUUUUGACUUUAUUAGAAAAGUUGAGGUUCAUUGAAGUUGGUUCUUUUCUUAAAUCACCAUCACAUCCGGUUUGGGUAUUGGGAUCCGAAACACAUUUAACAGUGUUGUUCUCUACAGAAAAAAAACUAGUCAGUCCUGAAACACCUGCUGAAAAAGCAAAACGAGUUUUUAAAAAAUAUGAAUUUGAUGAAAACAACUUCAUCUAUACUGACUCAUUGCAAGAUGUAUUAGCAGAACUUGACCUUUUUUGUUAUAGUGAAUAUGUUGAAAUAAUGAAAAAGAAACUUGAUAAAGAUAAUGAUGGCAUUAUAUUACUCAAUUCUUUCAUGUAUGAAUUUUUUCCAGAAGAAGAUAGAACUUAUCCAGAUACAUUCACUUUAUAUCAUUACAAUGGUUUACCUAGAAGUAAUCCAGAGAAUAAAGUGAAAUAUCGUAAAGGUGAAGCUAUUCUACUAGAAUGUACAACAAGUUCUUUUUCAGACCGUAAUCCAAUGUUGACAGUUUUACAAACUAAGUGGCCAACUAUUGACGUUCAGUGGGACAUGAAUCCUAGUAUUAAUUAAAACUUCUCAUUAGGUGUAGUAGGAAAAUACUUAUAUCUUGGCUGUAUGCAAGUAAAGUGCUGGUAGAAGAGACUGAAAAAUAUAACGAUGCUAUUAAUGUUAACUCUAACAUUAAUUCCCACAGGCCUUAACAAAUUCUUGAACCUUGCUAUCUGAGGAUUAGUUAUGACUAAUUGUAAAUUGUGCUUCAUGGUGUUCUAUGUCUUUGAAGUGCUCUGAUUUACUUGUAUAUUAUACACAUAUAGACUUUUCCGUAAAGAAUGUCGAAGGUUACAUGUAAAUUUUCACUGAUAAAUGUCAAAUGUGAUUACAGACAUUUUUUUAAAUGUUUCAAGGAUGAUUAUAUUAUGUAACUAUUAGUAGCUAUUCAAGCUGUAAAUUGUUACUUUUACAGCUGGAGUAACUCAAAAGAAUUUAUUUUAAAAUUGUUUUCAAUGUCAGCAUGAAAAAAUAAUUCAGAUUUUACUAAGAAUAGUAAGAAGUUCUUAAUGCUUUAAAAAAUUCAUUCAAAAACAUGUUAAUUGUUUUUC